GGAACAGACAUUCUUUGACAAAUACCGAAGAGCGUGCAAGUAAGUCCACAUAGCGACUGACUGAUUGGAGGCUAAGCUCAAUGCCUGACUGAAUGGCUGAAUGGCUGAAUGGGAAUCCACAAGCACAGGACAAAGGCCACAGACGACAAAUAGUCACUGGCGCUCUCAACCAAUGGCUAAGUAGUAGGUAGCUACAGCGGCCUCAUCAUAUGCCGUUUCGGCUCAUGGCCCCCUGUGAGUGAGUCAGCGGUAGAGGUGUCAUCCUCAUCGAAGGAGAGGGCCUCAAAUUUGAAGUGACUGCCCCACACCUCCAUCUGAUGCUUUAACGCCUCGUCAGCAAAGUGAAGCCGACACUGCAGACAGAGACAGACAGCACACACACGGACAUUGGACAACAACACAUCAAAUCACGUUUGAGGGCCCGCCCGUCCAUUGCAAAAUAUGCAUGAGGAGGGAGGGGCUCACUCACUCACCGCAGCCGUCAGAGACACGAGUGCACCGGCGAGAGCAUCGAUGGCGGCGAAGACGGCUAUGUAGAAGGCGGCAUGAAAACGCACCGAUCCACGAGGGUGAUCGAAAUUGCUGCAGGCAAGUGAAACCAACAAGACAAACCAGACGUGUGAUCUGAUGCCGGGCCGGCAAAGAAGCGACUGCUCUGCUGUGUGUACCGAAAAACGGGGGACCACAAUCCAGCUGCACGCCACACAACACUCGUGGCUGUGACAGCAGCAACCAAGCAGAUUGAAGGAGCGACGUAGAUGGCCAGACCUCUCGACCGCAUCGAUACCGACAGUGCGUUGGCGACCCCACCACACGCACUCAGCAGAGAGGCCAACAGCAGCAACACUUUGAACCACUGCAUCCACACACACACACACACACACACACACAUCCAUUGGCCCUAUAAAUGGCGCAUUCACAACAAACUCUUCGGCACUCACUCACCGCGGCUCGUGUGUGGCUGGAGACAUACAGGCGCAUGAAGCCACUGUCGGCCCCAUUGUCCGAGUAGGCCAUCCGUUUGCUGCGUGACCUGGUGGCUGUCUCACGCAGCGGCAGCGGCAUCCCCGGCCCCCGCCGAUAUGGUGGAGACAGCCACCGACGGCCAUGCCGCCUGGCCCACAGUCUUCUCUCAAUGAAGACACGCUCGUAGACGGACUCCCUCACCCGUGAGCCCUCGUGAAGACCUCUCAGGAAAGGAACAACAUCACCGUCAUGGGCGGACGGCAGGUCUCGGACCGUAACACCCGUGGCGUCCGCCUGGAUGACCGGCCCCUCGCACCGGAACUCGCCUCUCUUGCCGACCCAGACAGGCAAGAGAAAUGACGUGGUGAGGAGGCCGAACGAGAGAAGCAUCAUCAGGGCGGCUGCCACCAGCUGAGUGUCUCCGUCUACCACCAUGGAUGGCCGGCCAAAUCGACGAGGGAACUGGAAAGGAUCAGAUCAGGCAAUAAUAGUCUGGGGACGAACUGAGAGACAGAAGGGGAGGGAAGGGAGAGCAAGGGGGAAACGCGGCGGGAUCGGAGCAACGAGCGAGGGGCUUGGCACGGCGCCUCUGGGGUGUCCCUGUGCGGCCUUUUGCACUGGAAGCUGCUGGGGUAACCUCACAGGCGCGGUGGAGUCCGACGAGUUGCGAUGCCCCACAAGCGGUAAGAUGAUCAAGGAUAUCUCAGAAAAUGUCGACGCGAAGGGAGGGCCGCAGUGGAGGAGCUUUGAACUCGG